AGCAUGGGGACGUGCUCAUUACAGAAUCUACUGCAGUUAGCCUUGAUAAUUUCAGUUGUAAAGAAAUUUGAACAAUCUUGUCUGGAAACAAAAAAUUCAACGGAGUGCUGUGCAGAUUUCUAUUUCCACGAUGGGAUUUGUAAACCUUGUAAACCAGGGUGGAUUGGACCAAACUGUAUAGCGAUGUGUCCCUAUCCAACAUAUGGCCACAAGUGUAUAAAUCUGUGCGAGUGCACAAAAAAUGAGUGUGACGUGUCUGAGGGAUGCAUUCAAAAUGCAAACUUCAUUGGGACAACGGAUAAAGGAUUGCUUGUACAAGUAUCAACGCUCGUGUACAAAAUUCAACCAAGCACCAAAUUGGAUGACAUACAUGUAUCCGACAAACAAAACUACGAUAACUCCAUCAAUGACAAAUCACUAGACACGUCACAUCUCCUAUUAAUCGUAAUCCUAUCAUCAGCAUCGUCCUUAGUCAUCUCAGUUGUCGUCAUUGUCAUCGUUGUCUGUCGUCGAAGCGGCCAAUCAAAGAAAAGAGAAGAGAGUAUACGAAAAAGAAAGUCGGCGGCAUCACAAGGUAGAGCUUCCACGUCCUAUCAUGAAAUUGAUGAAUUUCAUCUUUCUCCCGAUAUAUUAUUUCAGCGACAAAGCAAUGGAGGGAGUUACAUUGACCUUGACCAAACAAAGGUAGAGAAAAGUAAAUACACAACGUUACCCCAGGUGCCAAAUUAGUAACUCGUCAAAAUAUCAUUGAAGGAGAAAAAAAAUCUUGGAUUCACGCAAUUUUAUUUAUGUUCUAUCAUGCUGCACAAACUCACCGCAGUUAAAUUUUUGCUGAGUAAAAAAUUGAAUCAAACACCGAGGUUGAUAUUCAAAUUUUCCGUAAGACCUUUUUAUUAAAUGUGUGUUGAUGAAAUUCUACAUCUCAAAAUGGACAUGUAAGAUUUGUUUUAAAAAAUAGUAGCGACAGAAUAAUUCGCAUGUGACGUACUUUGAUGAAAAAAAGCAGUUUUGUUACGAACAUUCAAUUUUAUUUUUCAAUUUUCUUGUAUGUAGUCUCAAAGUAGCUUACCAUGAAAUAUAUCAAUUUUUGUUAAA